UGUGAGAGAGAGAGAGAGAGAGAAAGACUCUAAACUCAUCACGUCGGAAAAAAUGAAAAGGCGGAGGGUCGCUGAGAGUCACAGACUCGCUGAUCUGAUGAAUUCAGGACUUUCUGUAUCAGAGGCUGCAGCUUGGUGUUUCUGUUCCCGCAGCGUUUAUCUCUGACUGUAACGCUGUAACACUUUUCUAAUAGCAAAAACUUUGUUGCCAAAACAAAACUACAACGCAAAACCUUCCAAGAAACAUCAGGUGAUUACAAGUAACAGGUAGAUACCUCUGAGUCUCAGAAUCAUCAGAAUCAGAAUCGGGAUCAGCUCGGGCAUCACUGCGGUUCCGGUGAAGGUGUGGAUGAGGGGUGAAAGGUGGGAAGUGAAUCCGUUCCGUUUCUCUUGAAUCCGCCUCCCUCUCUCCGUUAUCCGCUCGGUGAGAGCUUUCAACGCGCUUUAGAGACACUUCUUCCGUCCUCGGACCCUUUAAGGAAAACAGGAGCGAGGACCAAUCACUGAGCCAUCACGGGGGCUCGGGAGAAGAGGAAGCUGUCUCCAGGAGCUCUGGUGCAAAUUAGGCUGAACAGAAUCUCCGCCAGAGAUCGGCUCGGAACCGGAUCGUGCGCGUCCAUGGAGCGCGCGGAGAAGCAAACCGUGUCCGCCGUCUCCAUGUGUGCAUUUCUCACAGAGUUCUGAAAAUCUUUUGUCGCUUCCCCCUUAUCUGUACUUUAUUUAUUCUUGACUUGAUUCUUAACUUUUUUACUUUUUGUUGGAGUAUUUUUCCUGUCUGAUCAACGGACUUCACGUUAUCUGUGAGCGGCGGAAAUACAUUUAUAUAGAUAUUUAUUUUUCCGGUUUUGAAGCACCAUGUUUCAGCCCACACCGAAGAGAUGUUUCACUAUAGAGUCUUUGGUAGCGAAGGAUAAUAAUCCUCCACCUCCUAUUCUACCGGUGUCCCGAACCGAGGAGCCCACGCGACCCACGGCGGCGACGGCGCUCAGCUACUCUGGUGCGAACCACGUGAGCCCGUUUCUAAAUGGCUUCACCGCGGGCGCGAGAGGCGUCUACUCCAGCGCGGACCUUGUCUUCGCCGAGGCCAUGUCGCACGCGCCCAGCUCGGCCGUGCCCGUUCACCCGGUCGUUCCCGCACCCGCUCAUCACCCGCCGCCGCCUCCGCCGCACGCACUCGCCGCUCAUCACGCACUCACUUCCCCGCACGGGCCGCACGCGCUCUUUGCCAGCCAGCAAAGGGACCCCGCAACUUUUUACCCAUGGUUAAUACACAGAUACAGAUACCUGGGGCACAGAUUUCAAGGAAACGAAACGAGUCCGGAGAGUUUCCUUUUGCACAACGCGCUCGCCAGAAAACCCAAACGGAUCCGCACGGCUUUCUCUCCGUCGCAGCUUCUCCGGCUUGAGCACGCGUUUGAAAAAAACCACUAUGUGGUAGGAGCAGAGCGGAAGCAGCUCGCGCAUAGCCUCAGCCUCACGGAAACUCAGGUCAAAGUUUGGUUUCAGAACAGAAGAACGAAAUUCAAGCGUCAGAAAUUGGAGGAGGAAGGCUCGGACUCGCAGCAAAAAAAAAAGGGCACGCAUCACGUGAACCGGUGGCGGCUUGCGACAAAACAGGCGAGUUCUGAGGAAAUAGACGUCACGUCGGACGAUUAAAAACAAACAAAUAAAUAAUGAAUAAUAAUAAUAAUAACAAAAAAAAGACUCGAGGUGUUUCUGAAGACUGGAAAGCACGGCGUGGAUUGAAAAGUGUGAAACGGAUAAAGGACGCCGUGAAAGACAGAAAAAAAAGAGAGAACGCAAAGAAAGCAAACUUCUCUUCUUCGGAUCCCAGCGGCUCGACGGUGAGAAAGAACCUGCCGCUGUCACCACGAGGAAACUGUCAAUACUGUUUUCCACGUUGCCAAGGCAACAUGAUUGACAGGUAGUACAUGACCACGCCCCCCGUCCCACCUCAUCAAAAAAAAAAAAAAAAAAAAAAAAACUAACGCGCAUAGGACAUUUGCACUUCUGAGAAUAUUUUUAUUCAAAGUACCAAAAUACUUUUUUUUUUUUGCAAAACUUGAAAUGCAUGAAAAAGAACAACGUUUCGGGGGGCGUAGGUGGAUUUAAUUUAACCCUUCUUGCGAAGUAGCUUUAUUCGAAAUCUCUUUUUCAAUCUGGGAAAUUUGUCAUGUGUGUUUUUUUUGUUUUGUUUUGUUUCUUUUCUUAAGAAAAAAGAACAGUGUGCAGUCUUUGAAUUUAUAACUAUCGUGUCCAAGUGGUUGUGAAAACGAUAUGAAGUAGCAAUGCUGCGUUAAAAGUGUUUUUUAUUCAAUUAAAAAACAGGGAAAAUAAACAAUAAAAAAAAAACAUUAUUCAAAAUUAAAAAAAAAAGGUCAAAUACAUUCCUUGAAUUUUCUAGCUUUACCAUUGACGCCCUCGUUACCCACAAAAAAAAAUUAGAAUUAAAAAAAAAAAGAAUAAUGAUAAUGAAAUGAUAAUUGACGGCCGCCAAGCAGCAAAAACUUCAAAAGCACUGAGCGUAUAUAUUCCAUGUACAGAGAUACAUUAAAGAUGCUAAUGUUUCUGUUAGAAAAUUCGCUUUUACCAGAAUGUAAAUAGUUUGUGUUUUUUGUGUUAAGUUUGCUACAAUUUUAACACAAAAAUAUACUUCCAAGAAGUAUAUACUUGUCAAUAUUUUGUCAAUAAAGUUUUAUCAUGUUGCUCAGAAUAAAAAACCCGAAAGCCUCGGCAAGUUUGUGGAA